GACAUGCUUUAUUAUGUGAUGAACAAAUUUUCAAAUCUUAAGGACUUGACCAUCAAUUUUGAUUGUGAUGAUUUAUCAAGCAACUUGAAAGAACGUCCAGAACCCUUUUUUACAAUGGAUAAAUUCGAGGCACUUACAAACUAUGUCAAGAACAUGGACUAUUUCUUUGUCGACUACUUUUCGCUCACAAAACUUGGAUAAAGUGGCACGUAUGUGGCAAAUAGAUCUGGUCGGAGGUCAACUAGAUAUAGAUUUGUGUUUUGAUAACCCAACAGCGAGUGAAAAUAUCGGGGUUGACUAUGUAUCCAACAGUACUUUUUAUAUGCGUUUAACGAGCUAUGUUGGAAACCAAUAUUCAAAGUUUUUGGAUGUGAUUCAGAAAGCAGGAAGCAUCAUCACCGGUUUAAACGUCGAACUUGAGAAAAUUUAUAUGUCUACUCUUCUCCAUCAAAACGAAGCGAUCAGAAAUAUGACCUGUGGGCACUAUUUAGAUGAUAUUUUUGCCUUUUGUGUCAAUAUGAAAAAGGUCGUGAUAGAAAAUGCCAACAUUGUGAUGUGUAAACCUGAAUCAGGCAUGAAAAAUUCAAUUGAAACGUUGAAACUCAGUCAAGUUCAAUACUAUUCACCUCUAUUGUUUGAACUAUCAGCUCGAUUACCUAACUUGAAAUACCUAACCAUCAACAAUUUUAAAAUGUCUCUUUUGACAGAAUAUGCUUUCAAGCUAAAAUGAUAGGUGUCUUUUACUUUUGUCUCAAGUUGUACACAAUGCGGGGUAAUCAUAUAUAUUAUUGCUGUAGAACAAGCAUCUCUAGGAUACCUUACAGUGCUUUUGAUGCUGCAAGCGAUGACAUAAACACAUUGGCCUUGUAUAUACAAUGUAAAAGUCUCAAAGAAAUAAGAGUUCCUUCAACAAGAUUUUAUUGUGUUCAUACACUGCUAAUGGAUUAAAUAUGAACUUGAUCAUAUUAACAUUUAAUGUAACCUUACACAACAGUUGAGACAAUUUGUACCACUCAUUUUGUUUAGAGAAAUGUAAUAAAUAUGCAUAUACCUCUUGUCUUUUUUUUUUUUU